CCUGCUACUUUCUCCCGGGGGCCGGGGCCGGGGCCCGGGCUGCGUGCGGCCGGACGAACGGACGCACGCAGUACCAGCUCGGCGCUCUGCCGGGCCAAAUCCUCGCGGCCGGCGGGAUAGCGGGGCUUCGCUGGAGGAUUGACUCCUCCCGCAGGGUUGGGUAGCAUGGAGCCAGACGCAUCUCCACCAAGUCCAUCUCACCUCCAUCCACAACAUGGACGGUCCCAGCUCAAUGCAGCUGCCUCUUCAGAGCCAAGUGAAGAAGCUAAGGAUCAGAGGCAUGGGCCUCUGUCAGGAGAUGGCCCAUCCUCACCACCUUCAGCUACUGCUAGGCGUCCAACUAGCCAAGAGAGGGUGGAGAAAAAUGAGAUGAGGAAAGAAAAUAUUGAAAUAUCUUUUGAAGAUGUUCUGGAAAAGGCCAAGGCAGGAGACCCUAAGGCACAGACGGAGGUGGGGAAACACUACCUGAAAUUAGCAGAUGAUGCGGAUGAAGAGCUCAACAACUGUAGUGCUGUUGACUGGCUAAUUCUUGCUGCGAAGCAAGGCCGGCGAGAGGCUGUCAAGCUGCUGCGUCGAUGCCUAGCAGACAGAAGAGGUAUCACUUCGGAAAAUGAGCAGGAAGUAAAAAAGUUGUCCUCAGAGACUGACUUAGAGAGGGCUGUGCGCAAAGCUGCAUUAGUCAUGUAUUGGAAACUCAACCCAAAGAAGAAAAAGCAGGUGGCUGUUUCAGAGCUUCUAGAAAACGUUGGCCAAGUCAAUGAACAAGAUGCAGGAAAGCAGCCUGGCCCCAUUCCAAAAUCAAUCCAGAAGCAGAGGCGAAUGCUAGAGCGGCUGGUCAGCAGCGAAUCCAAGAACUACAUCGCCCUGGAUGACUUUGUGGAGAUCACUAAGAAGUACGCCAAAGGCAUCAUCCCGAGCAGCCUCCUGCUGCAGGACGACGACGACGACGAGCUGGCAGGGAAGAGCCCCGAUGACCUGCCCUUGCGCCUCAAGGUGGUGAAAUACCCCCUCCACGCCAUCAUGGAGAUCAAGGAGUACCUGAUCGACAUGGCCUCCAAGGCAGGCAUGCACUGGCUCUCCACCAUCAUCCCAACCCACCACAUCAACGCCCUCAUCUUCUUCUUCAUCAUCAGCAACCUGACGAUCGACUUCUUUGCCUUCUUCAUCCCCUUAGUCAUCUUCUACCUGUCCUUCAUCUCCAUGGUGAUCUGCACCUUGAAGGUGUUCCAAGACAGCAAGGCCUGGGAGAACUUCCGGACCCUCACAGACUUGCUGCUGCACUUUGAGCCCAACCUGGACGUCGAGCAGGCGGAGGUGAACUUCGGCUGGAACCACCUGGAGCCCUACGUCCACUUCCUGCUGUCCGUGUUCUUCGUCAUCUUCUCUUUCCCCAUAGCCAGCAAGGAGUGGAUCCCCUGCUCGGAGCUGGCCGUCGUCUCCGUCUUCUUCACCGUGACCAGCUACAUGAGCCUGAGCACGUCGGCGGAGCCGUACACGCGGAGGGCGCUGCUGGUCGAGGCCGCGGCCGGCCUGCUGUCCGUCCUGCGCACUCUGCCCGUCGACUGGCGCCCGCUGAAGCUCCUCGGGCAGACGUUCUUCACGGUGCCCGUGGGCCCCCUGGUCACGCUGAACGUGAGCGUGCCGUGCUUCCUCUUCGCCUACCUCUUUUACCUCUUCUUCCGCAUGGCGCAGCUGAGGAACUUCAAAGGCACCUACUGCUACCUGGUCCCCUACCUGGUGUGCUUCAUGUGGUGCGAGCUCUCCGUGGUCAUCCUGCUCGAGGCCUCCGGCCUGGGCCUCCUCCGGGCCUCCAUCGGCUACUUCCUCUUCCUCUUCGCCCUGCCCAUCCUGGUGGUCGGCAUCGUCCUGAUGGGCGUCGUCCACUUUUCCAGGUGGUUCGUGUCCUUGGAGCUCACCAAGAUCGUGGUGGCCACGGCGCUGUGCAGCGUCCCCCUGCUCCUGCGCCGCUGGUCCAAGGCCAGCUUCUCCGUGCUGGACGUGGCGAAGUCCCUGAGCAAGAGCUCCGUGGUCAAGCUGAUCCUGGUGUGGAUCACGGCCGUCGUGCUCUUCUGCUGGUUCUACGUGUACCGCUCGGAGGGCAUGAAGGUGUACAACUCCACGCUGACGUGGCCGCAGUACGGCUUCCUGUGCGGGCCGCGCGCCUGGAAGGACACCAACAUGGCGCGCACCCAGAUCCUGUGCAGCCACCUGGAGGGCCACCGGGUCACGUGGACGGGCCGCUUCAAGUACGUCCGCGUCACCGACAUCGACAACAGCGCCGAGUCCGCCAUCAACAUGCUCCCGUUCUUCAUCGGAGACUGGAUGAGGUGCCUGUACGGCGAGGCCUACCCCAGCUGCCUCCCCGGCAACGUCAGCACGGCCGAAGAGGAGCUGUGCCGCCUCAAGGCGCUCGCCAAGCACCAGUGCCACAUCAAGAGGUUCGACAGGUACAAGUUCGAGAUCACGGUGGGCAUGCCCUACAGCGGCGGCAACCGCAGCCUGGAGGAGGACGACAUCACCAAGGACAUCGUGCUGAGGGCCAGCAGCGAGUUCAGGGCCGUCCUGCUCCACCUGCGCCAGGGCAGCCUCAUCGAGUUCAGCACCAUCCUCGAGGGCCGCCUCGGCAGCAAGUGGCCCGUCUUCGAGCUCAAGGCCAUCAGCUGCCUCAACUGCAUGGCCCAGCUGGCGCCCGCCAAGAGGCACGUGAAGAUCGAGCACGACUGGAGGAGCACCGUGCACGGGGCCGUCAAGUUCGCCUUCGACUUCUUCUUCUCCCCCUUCCUGUCGGCCACUUGAGGGGGCGGCCGCCCGGGCCGCGGGGGCGCCAUUCCGUCUACCUACCCGCUCCCCAGCUCGGCCUCCUCGCCAGGCUGGCCGUACCA